AUGGAAUUUUCAAGCUAUGAUCACCCUUCCCCUCCGUCGAGGCGCGCCUCUCCUGUGUCCUACUAUAAACCGUCAUCGCAGUCUCAGCAAGCUCGCAUAGGCGACUAUUCUUCGGCUGAUAAUGAGGAUGAUGAUGAUAAAUCAUCCAUAUCAUCUGCUGCACCCCCUGUCAAUCGGGUCUCACAGUCCUCGACAACGCGUGCUGAGGUUAAAUGCCUCUACAGUCACUCCUACUCAAGCGGUCGUCGCCAUGUUAUCUGGUCAGAGUUCGAAGACCCACGGGAGGAAGAAGCGCGCUCUAGGGCAGCGACGGCAUGUUUUGCGGUGGUACACCGACGGAAGAAAUCAGGAGACGCCGAUGAGACUACUUGGAAGACUGACUCCAUCAUCGUGAACGGUCCCCGUCUCCAAGCAGUUCUAAAAGAGGUCUUCAAAAACUACCCUCGGUGGAUGAAGAGUGAAGAGCCAUUUGUCUUUCGACCACCAUUCCAACAGUUUCUCGAUCGCUGGGAAAAGUUGAAGACCGCCCUCAACCAAGACGAAUCGAUGAGAAGUGACGGCAAUUCUCUCAUUCACGAGCUCACACCAUUCAUCGAGCGACAUCAGAAAAACCUAGAUGCGAUUACGGAUAGUGGUGUGGUGUCUUUCGAACACCUGUGGCACAUAUUCCCUCCAGGCGAGACCGGUCGUCACGGAUCCACCAACACCACUAUCUAUCAUUACCAAGAUGUGCUUUCAGUGGCCGAACUUCCAGUGGUCCCAUUGAAGAUGAAAGGGGACAGGCAAAAGGUCCAGGAUAUUCAGGAAAUGCUGCUCCUCCGUGGUCGUAAAUUCGAGGCCAUGAGAAGUUUCCACGGUAUGCAUUUCAUUGGAAGCAAAUCCGUGUGCUCGGCUGCAAAGAUAACAAAGAGACCUCAGCCUGGUUCUGGGAGAGUCGUCAUUGACGCUUACGCCUUUUAUCACUGCCAGCGCGUCAAGGCCCCAUCGCUGAUGCGCGAUGAAGCAGAUGAGGUUGCUUUCUCCAAAAGCGAACUUCACGUUGACGUCCUUCACGCCACAGAAUGGAGUGAUGUCCCGUUCCAGAAACUUGUGCUGCCACCCGAUGAGAAGGAACUGAUCCUUGCAAUGGCUGAUCGCGAUCGAAGAGAGAAGACUGGCUUUGAUGACAUUGUACAACGGAAAGGCCGGGGUAUUAUUUUCUUACUCUGCGGACAGCCGGGUGUUGGUAAAACUCUUACUGUGGAGGCUGUGGCGGAUAAAUACCAGGUUCUAUUGAUUGACCUCAUACUACGAUAUCCGAAUCUUGACGACUCCGUUCGCCGAACGAUUUGGAAGAACUUCCUUGACAGAGUGGGAGAGGGAGCUCAUAGUAUCAAUGAUACCAAUCUUGAGGAACUCAUGCGUGUCGAUUUGAAUGGAAGAGAGAUCAAGAACUUGAUCAAGACUGCAUCUGUUCUGGCUAUGGGUAAAGGUAGUCUCACAAUGGACAAUCUACGGACUGUCAUUAGUAUUCGACAGCGGCUCUAA